AUGGCGACCACCACCACCACCGCGUCAGCAACCUCCACCUGCGCCCCCAAACUCUAUGAAAUUCCCACCCACGACGCCGCCUGCGCAAUGCCAAACAGCAAUUCCAGCUACGCCGACCUGAUGAGUUCCUGCUGCGGCACUGCAUCCGUCAUCUCAUACAGCAACUGCGACUACUACUGCCUCGCGCAGAACCAAACCGUUGGAGAAUUGGCCGAAUGUCUCAUCAAAGGAUCGAGGGCGGGCGAGGUUUGGUGCAACACGAACGCGAGUGCCACAGCUACAGGGACUGCGACUGUGACAACGACUUCGUCUACAUCGGAGAAUGGGAGUCACAACGCGAGUGAGACUGGGGAGACCGCAGAUCCCACUGAGACUAGCGCGGGCGCUGUUAAAAUGGUUGCAUCGUUCGAUGCACAUGUCUCAGGGGAGCAGAGAGAUAUAGAUCUAAACAUCGACACCAUUAAGCUCACAACCAAGUAUUCAUAA